AGAUUCAGUUAAUUACAUGCAGAAAAAGAUACUGUUCUCUGUAGAAGCCAUUUGUUUUCAGAAAUAAUUAAUUAAAAAUUAAUUUAAUCAUUAAUUAAAAAAUUAAAAGGCGCAUCUCAAGUUUCAAAUAAUAUACCUUGGAAUCAAUGACAGAUAAUGUCAAAAUAUUUCUAUUCUUUUGGAAGACUAAAAUGCUGGUUGCAAGGGAUAAUAAUGAACACCAUUCUUUAUCCAAAUGAUGGGAAAUACCAGUUUGUUAUCAUGUGUUUCUGAUUUCACACUUAAUAUAUUUUUUCACUCAUAGAAUAACUUUGACUUCUCAGUCCUGGCUUUGAAAAUUCAUGGUUUUAUUUCUGAUUCUUUAACGGUAAUGCUUUUCUUUAAUAUACUUGCCUUUGUUCUUUAUGUGAGUACCAGCAAGGCCUAUUACCAAGAUGAGAAAGACAGAAGAGUAGUCUUCUUGCAGUAUCUCUGUACUACUUCUGCAACUUUACUUACGCAGCCUUUGCUAAUCCAACUCUUGAGUCAAAGGAUUAAUAUAUUGUGGAUUUGUAAGUUUUCAAUGGUAUGGAGAGCUUCUACCUGAAAAGUCUUCUAAUGUCCGCGUGGGUUUGGAAAAGAUUUUUCUGUUUGUUUCCUGUAUGUUGUUGGAUUUUCAGACUAUUUUCUAUUUGGUAUUGUUACUUAGUAUCAAAUAGCUGCACCAAAUGAAAACCAGUGUAUUUUUGGUAAGGGAGGAACAGCAAGUUCUGGAGGGUUUAAAAUAGAUGACAUUUGAUACCAAUAAUAGCCCAGUGCAACUUAGCAGACCUGAGAAACUAUUCAAAGCAAAAUGGAGGGCAGUUCUAUAUUCCAGGCUUUCACUAACAUUUAUUUUGCCAUUUUUGCUUUGUUUUGCUUCAAACUUCUAAUUAAGAUUUCCUUGGCUCUGCUGACUCAUUUCUAUAUUGUUAAAGGCAACAGAAAAGAGGCUGCCAGGAUAGCAGAAGAGAUCUAUGGAAUAGUCCCAGGCAGCUGGGCAGACAGAUCCCCUCUGCACGAUGCUGCCUUCCAAGGACGCCUCCUGUCUUUGAAAACCUUGAUUGCACAGGGUUUCAAUGUGAACCUGGUGACAACAGAUCGAGUCUCGGCUCUUCAUGAAGCCUGUCUGGGCGGCCAUGUGGCCUGUGCAAAGCUGCUGCUGGAGAAUGGUGCACACGUCAACGCAGUCACCAUUGAUGGGAUCACUCCUCUCUUUAAUGCCUGCUGCAGUGGCUCUGUGGCUUGUGUAAACAUGCUGCUCGAAUUUGGAGCCAAGCCACAGGUCGGGAACCACCUUGCUUCACCCAUUCAUGAGGCAGUCAAGAGAGGGCACCGAGAAUGCAUGGAAGUUCUUCUGGCUCAUGGAGUUGACAUUGACCAAGAAGACCUGCACUAUGGGACCCUGCUGUAUGUUGCUUGCAUGUACCAGAGGACGGAAUGUGUCAAGAAGCUGUUGGAACUUGGAGCCAAUGUCAAUGCGGGGAAGCUACUAGACACUCCUCUCCAUGCAGCAGCAAGGAAAUCCAGUGCAGAGAUAGUAGUCUUGCUGGCAGACUAUGGUGCUAACCUGAAAUGCAGAAAUGCUGAAUUCAAAUGUGCCCUGGACCUUGCCAUACCCAACAGCAAAGUGGAGCAGGCACUUCUACUUUGUGAAGGUAAAGGUUUCUUUUGCCUUUCCCCCUUUGCCUUUUCUCCUUUGUCGUUUCAAAGUAGAACAGUAUUAAUUUUUUACCUAAAGCCUUUUUCUUAAUGGAUUUAAUCUUGUCUGUAAGUUAUCUUUUGAUUUCAAGCCUGUAUCACGCUACACAGAAAUGAGCAAGCAAUCUCUGUUUUCUUGCCAGAUCUGCUGCCAAAUUAGAAUUUUAGUGAGCAAAUUGGCUAGUUAUUCUGUGCCUUUGUUUUCCAUUUAUCGAAGGUAAAUUAUCUUUAUUUACGAACUAAGACUCUAAGGACUGAGGAUUGAAAACUGCCACUAGAGUUUAUUCACAGAUAUUAUCACAGCUAUUUUAGUAUCUUAUGUUCAGUUAAGCACUGUGGCUCAAUGAUCUUCUU